ACCUGUGGAUUCAAAGAUUUAGAAAGAACUGACAAAUAAGAAAACAUUCGUUUUACACGCAGUGUACUAUUUUUAAAUCAUUUGAAAUAACUCAACGGCUCCUUCCUCUCCUCUCCCCUUUAGAUCUAAUAGUUAUUGUCGCUUGUGGACCGUUACAUUGACGAGCGCGCGCGCCCACGGUCAAGUAUACGCACAGCACAUAGAAAAUGUGUCUUUGCGCUGUAAUAGUUUCUCGUAAAACACCGCGUCCGCUGCAAAGAGACACACAGUUAGAUUAGAUUACUGCCUACUGCGAGGCUGCGGGUAGGAAAAAAUAUUCAUUCCCAGCCCGGACAUGGCUCGGCAGCAACACAAAGGCGCUCUCGACGCCAGUCCGCUGUAUAAUGUCGUGCGUUACCAGUUAGUGCCUCCCGUAUUUUUGCUGCUCUUCACCGCGGCCGUUCAAAUUCUAGCGGCCCUUGGUCAGGGUCGCACGCCCUGCCCUUUGGACUUUGGCCAGUGCCACCGUAUUUUAGGAAACGACUUCGCGUGGAUAUUCGUCGCGUUUUCAAUUCUCUGGGCCGUGGUGUGGCUCUGGGUGCCUGGGAAGAUAUUUGUAGGUCCUCCUACUCCUGAAGGUUACCGACCGCCGUACAAAGCAAACGGUUUCCUGUACUAUGCCGUGACCAGUGUGACCUUUAUGAUCGCUCAGAAUCUGUAUCCCAGCUUAUCACGCCAAAUAUAUGAAAGCAUGCCGGAGAUUCUUGGCUGCUUUAAUAACGUUGCCCUGUUGCUUUGCGCUUGGCUCCUAUUGGAUGGCAGGAGAAAAAAGAAGUCAAAGAAUCCUCUCCUCUACGAUUUCUACCGCGGAUGCGAAUUGCACCCACGACUCUUUGGCUGCGACGUGAAGCAGCUUACAAAUUGCAGGAUUGGUCUCAUGCUUUGGCAGAUUCUGGUGCUGGCCUUUUGGUCAGUUCAGUGGGAAAACGGCAGCGGAGUCGCGGGAGCUUCAGUCUCGGCGAUUUUACAAACGAUUUAUCUGUCAAAAUUCUUUCACUGGGAAACGGGCUAUUUCAACACAUUGGACAUCACGUACGACCGCGCCGGCUACUAUCUCUGCUGGGGCUGCCUCGUGUGGGUGCCGAUUUUGUACACCUUCCACUCGUACCAUCAAGUCACUUUCCCUUCAACAAUGAGCCCGUUUACCGCCGCAAUCACGCUCCUGCUUGGCAUCGGCUGCGUACUCAUCAAUUACAGGAUAGAUUAUGAAAAACAGGUAUUUUCGGCGUGGUGGAACUCCAAAGAACGAAAAGCGGGCAAGGGUGGAAAGGCGGUGAAGCUUUGGGGUCGGCCUGCCACUUACAUCCCGGCCCCAUACACAGACGCGACAGGAGCAGCUCGAGAGAGUGCCUUGCUCACGUCGGGAUGCUGGGGCAUCGCGAGACACGGAAACUACACGUUCGAGCUGCUGUGCACCCUUUGCUGGACCAUUCCGGCGGCCAGCGGCCACGGGCCCAUUCCUUCCAUGUUCUACUUUUUCUUCCUGGCUGGCCUUCUAGUGCACAGAGUUUACAGGGACGAGGACAAGUGCCAGGCAAAAUACGGAAAAACGUGGGACAAAUAUACUAAAACUGUGCCAAAUAGAAUGUUACCAUACAUAUAUUAAAUUAAUAAAACAUAUACAAAGCUUUGAA